UUUAAAGAUAAGAUUUGAAAGACUUACGUUGUCAUGGUAACCCUUAGUAACGUUAGCAAAGAUAAAGAGAAAGUAUAUAUAUAUACUGUACAUCAUAUUACAAGGUUUUCUAAAAGAAAAAUGUGAGCGCGAGAUAUAUCUGUACGUACGUACGUCGAUAUAUGUAGUACUGUGAGCAGUGGAGGGGCCCACAGCUCUCCUGUAAACAGGAGCUGUAUUUUAUGUAUUCUCUGCCCCUCGUAAACGCUGGAGCUGAGUUGCCUCUGGGAUAACCAUUAUCGUUACAUAGAUGUGAAGCUUUUCUGAGAAAACUUACAAAAAAUUACUUACAUACUACAGGUCAUGCGCGUGUCCGCAAUUUGGGACUUCUGGUGAAAUUUGGUGAACGUCGCAUCUUAAAUACUUGGAAUUACUUGGAGUCGCUGAUCGGUUUUCGCCGGAUAGUUUUCUGUGUGAUAUUUAACCGGUUUAUUACGUGUGGAACAAUCCCCGGGGGUGUAAAGGUAUGGCUGGCCCGGGGGAGAAGUUUGUGCGCGUGAAUUACCGACAUUAUCACUCCUGGCUCAUCCCACGAUCAGCUGUCUGCUCCAUUCUAUCAUGCGCUCUCAUCUCCAUGUUGAUUGGAAUCAUCCUACUACAGUUUGGAGGGAUCCUGAUUCCCUGGGGUGCCGUGGUGUUCGUGGUUGGAGUUUUAUGUCUCUGUGUAUGCAUUUGCCUGUGCCUUCAUGCCUACUGUAUAUUCCAACUCUCGGACCAGGAGACACAGACCACGGAUGACAUUCCUAUAAUUUCCACGAAGGAUUCGAACAUUUCGCCCACCUUUACCUCUGUACUGGAUAAGAAACCUCCGCUUGGUCCGGACAGUGGGGUGAGGAAUGGGCGUUACGGAGGCGGUGGAGGAUCACUGGCAAAGAAACAAGUGUCCAUAUCUCAAGGGGUGACUAUCCCUAUACAGCACCACGGACCACAACAGGCGCAAGUGUCAUAUGUCCAGGCCAACCGGGGAUUCCCCCAGUCAGGGACUUAUACACCAUCAGGCAGUCAAUCUAUUCAGCCGUCAGGGCAACAGGGUCAGGUGUCAGGACCUCACGAGCAGAGUUCAGGGGGUUACGGUUCAACUCAAACCGGAGGACACGUGACUGGAUCUCAGAUUGGGACUAAACAGAUGUCAGCUGGAACGGAUCAAACACAAAGUGGAAUCAGUAAUAUGUCCGGGAGUUACAGCGGAAGUGGUGGACAUGUGACAGGAAACUAUCACAGCACAGGUCCCCAUGUUAACAUAGGCUACUCUCAAUAUGGCGGGAGUGGGCAGUUAUCACCUGGAGGAUAUCAAGGUAGCAGAAGUGGAACCAUGUCGUCUGUUAGCUCACGUGGACACAGUCCUGGAUACGGGUAUCCUCUUCAGCCACAUCAGCCAACUCCAUAUAGCACACUGACGCAAAAAUCGGUAAUUCCCGUUAGUGUUUCGCAUGUACAGCAUGGCCAAGUGAUCAAACAGGGUGGCGGAUACGACGAAGAUUAUGACAACACGGCAGAAACAGCACCGAUGAUAGGACAAUCACAUAUUCAGAGUAACCAAUCGUGGCGUCCGUCAGGUCCGUCACGUGACGACGAUGUGCCGGAGCCUCAGCCAUUGGUCUACCCAUCAGAAAGACGACCAAUGACAUUUGAGCAAACUUCUACGUCUAAAAUGAGUAUUUAUGAUAAUAUGUAUUCAUUAGAUAAAUUAGAUGAAUGAAUAUCUAUAUUUCAGUCAUUAAAAUGGUAUAUACACGUUAAUAUAUAGGAACAUCAGGUACAUCACGUGCUCUGUGUAAGUGGCGGAUAUGUGAACAGCCUUUCGCCCGACGGCUUUGAUUUUGCUGGACCUACAUACACUUUGUAGCCACCAGGAGCAUGAAUCAUGACUCGUGUGAUCAACAUCUUUGGACUGCUCUUAUAUAAUGACAUUCUUUCAGGCUCAGUUUGCUUAUGCCACUUGAUAAAAGGAAGCGGUGCUAAGUCCUUAAUAUAUGUACAUUUUGUACAUAAGUAAUGAAGAUUUAUCCCUGUAAUACUAACUAGGAUAUAUACGUGACUGACCCGGGUGUGUUUUAUACAUGUGUGUUUUGUGUACUGUGAGAACUCCGUGUCGUAAGUCAAUCUAUUCAAACAAAUUAUAAGAGGUAACGAUUGUAACAGGCAGUCUUUUCUUCGUCAUUUUAACGGUAUCGGUCUUUUUUCUUGUAUAUUUCUGCUAGACUGCAUACACAAUCUCCUCUCAGUUAAUUUAUCAAUCAACAUCAAUUAACUUUGUGUGAACAUCACAAAACACAUAUUUGUUAAAGCAACAGUAUACAAAAGAUCUGCAUCCUACGAACAUCCCUACCUCUACGUUUCACUUUAGUGAUUAAUUACUGCUGCCUUACAAACACAUAUCGAGUAGCUAGCCCGAGUUCCUUCUGUGUAACUGACACUGAUCAAUACUGUAGUUUGAGGUGAGUUCCCUCCCUUUUAAUUAUCACCCCUGCCGACGUAUUAUAAUUUAAUGAUAAUACGUAUCUGGCUCCCUUUUUACCCACAACUUCAGAUUCCGGUCGUUGUGACGUCAUUUAGCUUGGUAUAUUAUAUGUUAUUUAAAUAUCUAUGCUUUUUUUAAUUUAAGAUAAUUUAAUAGUUAUAUAUAAAUGUAUGAUAUGAAUUAUGUAUGGUUUAACGCUAUGAAAUAUUGUAUUUUAUAAAAAUAAAUACGUUAAAAUUGA